AAAGCUAUCACAUUCACUCAAGUCUCAACUCCCAAUCUCACUUCUCCCCAAAAGCCCAUCCAAAACCCACCUCCGCCGACUGCCGCCAUGCUCCGCCACCUCCUCCUCCGCCAUGUCCGCCGGCGCCGCCGCUACUCCUCCUCCUCCUCCGCCGCCGCCGUCGUUCCCCUCUCUGCCCCGACCUUCGCUGUCUUCGGCGCCAACACCGGCGUCGGCAAGACCCUCGUCUCCGCGGGACUCUCCGCCGCGCUCCUCUCCUCCCCCUCCGCCUCCGCCGUCUCCUACCUCAAGCCGCUCCAGACAGGCUACCCUGCCGACUCCGACGCGCGCUUUGUCUUCACCAGGACCCCCGCGCUGCUCCGCGCCGCCUCCCCCCGCGCCAGCCGCCUCGUCACCUCCUGCCGCACCCUCUUCCCGUCCCCCGCCGUGGGAGCGGAACCGCCCCACCACGAGCGCCAGGAGACGGCGGUGACCUACGGAGGGGAGGGGGUUGAGGAGACGAAGGUGCUUGCGUGCAGGACGGUGUACGCGUGGCGGGAGCCGGUGUCGCCGCACCUGGCGGCGGAGAGGGAGGGGAUGGCGGUGGGGGACGAUGAGGUCAGGGGGUUCGUGGAACAGUGGCUGGUGGAUGGAGUGGUUGAUGAGGGAGAGGUGUGGAAGGUGCUGGAGACGGCCGGCGGCGUUGCCAGCCCUGGCCCGUCCGGCACGCUGCAGAGCGACCUCUACCGGCCUUUUAGGUUACCUGCCAUUCUUGUUGGAGAUGGCCGUCUUGGUGGUAUUUCAUCCACUUUAUCUGCAUAUGAAACAUUGUUGCUAAGAGGGUAUGAUGUGGGUGCAGUUAUUUUGGAAGAUCGUGCCUUGUCAAACGACAAAUUCUUGCUUUCAUACUUACGAAACAGGGUGUGUGUGCUUGUUUUGCCACAAGUUCCAGAAGAUCCUUCAGAUGACUUAACUGAUUGGUUUUCUGAGUCAUCCUCAGUUUUUAGUUUACUUAAAGAUACCCUGCAGUCGUUUCAUUCAAGAAGAAUUAAGAGGUUAAGCAGUAUGCAGAGGAAAUCAAAGGACAUACUGUGGUGGCCCUUCACUCAGCAUAAUCUUGUUCCUGUAGAUUCUGUCACAGUAAUCGAUUCACGUUGUGGUGAGAAUUUUUCAGCAUACAAGAUUAAAGACAACACAAUGAUGCUUGUACCUCAAUUUGAUGCAUGUGCAAGUUGGUGGACUCAAGGGCCUGAUUCUAACUUACAGAUUGAACUUGCAAAAGAUAUGGGUUAUGCUGCUGCAAGGUAUGGCCAUGUGAUGUUUCCGGAGAAUGUUCAUGAGCCUGCUCUUCGUUGUGCUGAACUUUUGCUUGGAGGAGUUGGUAAAGGUUGGGCUUCUCGAGUUUAUUAUUCAGACAAUGGAUCCACUGCAAUUGAAAUUGCUCUAAAGAUGGCAUUUCGUAAAUUUUCCCAUGAUCAUGGAAUUCUAAUGGACAGUGAAAAGAAUAUCAGAAAUGAUAGAAAUAUUCAGUUUAAGGUCCUUGCUCUAAAUGGUUCCUAUCAUGGUGAUACUCUGGGCGCUAUGGAAGCUCAAGCUCCAUCAGCUUACACAUCUUUUCUUCAGCAGCCAUGGUACUCAGGUCGGGGGCUUUUUCUAGAUCCUCCAACAGUGUAUGUUAAAAACGUAACCUGCAAUCUUUCUUUGCCCCAGUCGAUGAAGCAUGAUCAACUGUCUUCUGGUGAUACAUGUUUUCCUUCAUUAGCUGAAGUUUUUUGCAAGACCAGGGACACAUCAUCUGUCAGUGAUCUAUAUUUUUCCUACAUAUCACAGCAGUUAUCGGAGUUUUCUCUGUCAAAUAGUUCAGAGCAUAUUGCAGCCCUAAUUAUAGAACCAGUAAUACAAGGUGCUGGGGGAAUGCACAUGAUAGAUCCGCUUUUCCAGCGAGUACUUGUCAACGAGUGUAAAAAUCGAAAAAUACCUGUCAUAUUUGAUGAGGUAUUUACUGGGUUCUGGCGUCUUGGCGUGGAGUCCGCUUCAGAGUUGCUUGGGUGUUUACCAGAUAUCGCCUGCUAUGCUAAAUUGAUGACUGGGGGUAUUGUACCAUUAGCUGCAACAUUAGCAACAGAGGAAAUUUUUGAAUCCUUCAAAAGUGACUCUAAGCUCACGGCGCUCUUACAUGGUCAUUCCUAUACUGCUCAUGCCAUGGGCUGUAGUGCAGCAGUAAAAGCUAUCCAGUGGUACCGAGAUCCAUCCACCAAUUCAAACCUUGACUUUGAUCAUAUGAGGCUGAAGGAGUUAUGGGAUUGUGCACUUGUGCAGCAGUUAUCAUCACUACCAAAUGUGAAAAGAGCAGUGUCCUUAGGAACUUUGUGUGCAAUUGAGCUCAAGGCUGAGGGAUCUGAUGCCGGGUAUGCAUCACUGUACGCAAGUUCCUUGAUCCAACAACUUCGCAAAGAGGAUGAUAUGUAUGUUAGGCCCCUGGGUAACGUGAUAUACCUUAUGUGUGGUCCGUGCACAUCUCGAGAUAGUUGCACUCGGCAACUCCACAAAGUACACCGUAGACUUUGCGAUCUCAACUGAGCUUGCUGAGAAUGAUUGCACAGAAAGCAAGGCAGGCAGGCCUGAGUCGGGCAGACAGCUCCUAUGUUAGCUUCAGUUUCCGAGCUCUAGGCUUCCUGCUGAGACUUGUUCAGAUUGUAUGCGGAGCGAAUGAAGCCUGCGAUCUGCGAUUUGGUGAGAUUAUGUGAUUUUUUUUUUUUUGUUGCAAGUGAUACUAUGUGAUGUUUAUGACUGAAUUCAAACUUGUACCAAUGCAGCGAGUACUGGCCCUAGACGUGGUAUUA